AUGUCAAUGUUUGCACGAGACUAUACACGUAUUGAGGGUGAAAAAGUCGAGAUAGAGAGAAAAAAAGUUGAUGCAAAGAUUAAGAAGACUGAGAGUGAAGAGGAAGGAUUGAAGAUGAAUGAUAUGCAGACACUCUCAAAAGAUACAUCAAAUAUGGAUACAAGACAACUAAAAACACAUGAAAUGUUGUGUGACAUGAUUAGAGAAAAAUAUGGAUUUAAUUAG